CCUGCCCUGACCUUGCCCAAAUGAUACAUGAAAAUGAUGAGUAACUGUUUCAGUAUCGACGAACCAAUAGGCUACAAUAACACUAACCUCCAUUUUACUGAAAUAACUUGAACGUAUAUUUUGUUAUUCAUUAAAAUAGCAUCCAAAGCAUCUUGCGCGUUGCUGAUGAGGGCAGCUGGAAGAUAACUCAUACUUGGAUAAUAAUUGUUUGAAUGAUGUCAAUGUUUUCUUGGGGAGCAGGAUCCCGUAAAGGUUUGCGUAGGUCUGAUGCCGUUGUGGAAUCGCACUUUGGAGUUCACUUUGUGCGUCCGAAAUCCAAAAUUCAAGACAUUUCGGUUGGAAGAAGAAUUGCUGCCUUUUUACGCGGCGAUGGAAAUGUCGACUAUCUCUUGAGUGUGGAGAGUUCGGACGGAAAAGCAAAACCUGGAAAACUAAAUUCCCUCAACUUGAAAGAGAAGAUUAAAGAAAUAUGCUGUGGGGAUGCGCAUGUUGUCCUCAUUUCCCAUGGCGGAAAGGUUUUUCUCAUGGAUACAACUCAGAUCCCAAGGUCGGUGCAUAUGAAAGGCCUCAGCAGUGAACACAUCACUCAGGUUUCAUGUGGGGACCAGCAUUCGAUUGCUCUUUCACAGGAUGGGCAGGUCUUCACGUGGGGCCUGAACUCCAACGGUCAGCUGGGUCUGGGGAAGGGGGAGCCCAGCACCAUGUCCCCCCAACCCCUAAAGUCUCUUGCGGGGAUCCCCCUGUCUCAGAUCAGUGCUGGAGGAGACCACAGCUUUGCCCUGUCCCUCUCAGGGGCCGUGUUUGGCUGGGGCAAGAACAGCGCUGGGCAGCUGGGCCUAGGAGACCUCUCAGAUUGUCCAGAACCUGUUGAUGUGAGUUGCUUAAGUCUCAAGAAGACCAUCUUUAUUUCAUGUGGAGCGGAACAUACUGCCAUCCUUGUAAAGGAUGGUGGGGUGUUUACAUGUGGAUCAGGACGUUAUGGCCAGCUGGGGCACAACUCCUUCAGAGACGAACUGAGACCACGACUGGUGGCUGAACUCUGGGGCUCAAAGGUGUCUCAGAUUGCCUGUGGAAAGCACCACACCCUGGCGUUGGUAGGAUCCUCAAAGAUUUACUCAUUCGGACGUGGUGACCAGGGGCAGCUUGGAAAUGGACAGAUAGUCAAUCAGUGUGUUCCUCUCGCUACUUGUGCACUUGUCACCAGCGUGGAGCAGAGAGUAAUAAAACUUAUUGCUGGAGGGAAUCUCUCUUUUGCUUUAUGUGAUUCUACUCAGGAAUGCCAGAGAGGCCCAGCCAAGCACAAACCCACCAUAAGAAAGAGGGAAGCACUAGAUGAGAAAAAGAUUGACAAGUGGAUCUUUGGCUGUAAUUCCUCCUGGGAAAGAAUCCAGAGUGAAAUAACAGAAAUAUUUUCAUCUGCUUCAAGCAUCAAUGGAAGCUUCCUUGAGACAGGCUGUGAUGAACAUUACAAAACAUCAGCUGGGUACUCUGGGCUGGAUCUGUCUCUGGCUCGUAUUGCUUUUGAGAAGCUCUCCACGACGAAAAAGGAGAGGAAAGUCGUGCUGAAGGUCAUUCAAGUUGUUCAGGAGGAUCUGCUCCCGUCGCUGAGCCCCAGCCCUGCUGGAGUGGAGGGCCUCAGAGUUUACCUCAUCCUGCCGGAGCUGCUCAGGGUGCUGCUCAAACACCACAUGGGGACAGACCUCGCCGUCUCAUUGGCCGAGGCCAUUCUCAGGCUGCAUCCUGAUUCGCUAAAAGCCCUGGAGAUGCUUUGGUCCAGCCUGUCUGACUCUUUCAUUGGAGCACUUGUUAAAAUGUUUCGCUCAGUGUGUGAAACAUUACUUGAUGGUAUCCCCAAAAGACUCUUUGGUCCUGAGGCUUUGCAGAAAGUGUUGGAAGUCCUACAGAGGAUCUAUGAGGCUACACACAGAAGAAAAGUUCCAGAAAACAUGUUCCAGAUCAAAAAUAUGAAAAUCAUCCUUGCUCAAAUGUGCAGUAGGCUGGAAGUCCUGAAAGUUGAUUGGGAAGACUAUUAUGAAUUUGAUGAGAAGGACUUAAUGGACAUAGAUGCGAUAUACCAAGAAAUGUCUGCAAUUGAGACAACUUUGAAGAUGUUGGAAUCAUAUCCCUGCAUCUUUGACUUUGAGACAAAAUAUGCUGCUCUUAAAGGCACCGCUGCAAAGAUAAAAGAAUCUAGCUCCGUCGACUUCUUUGACUGGUUACCACGAGUCAAAUUUAAGCUGACGGUGAGGCGAACUGAACUUCUGAAGAGUGUCCUCAGUCAGCUUCGCUCAGCAGACCACAUUCAAUUCAGGCGCCCACUAAAGAUUAAAUUUGAGGGGGAAGAUGGUAUGGAUAUUGGUGGCGUGUCCCGUGCCUUCUUCAACCUCAUUACAAAGGCAUUUUCUACUGAGGAAAGCAAGACGUUGGAAAUCUAUGAUGACUCCCAGUGUGUCUGGUUCAGACCAGAUCAUACAGUUUGCAAGGGCACCAGUGAAUCCCUUUGCCUGGGCAUGAUCUUUGGGAUGGCACUGUAUAAUCACUACACAGUCAACUCCAUCUUUCCACAAGCACUUUUUAAGAAGCUUUUGGGUCUGAAAACAACUUUGGAAGAUCUGGAGGAACUGUCACCAUGUCAAGCCAGGGGAUUGAAACAACUGCUGGAUGAAGAUGAAGAUGUUGUUGAUGAUCUAUAUUUGGAUUUCACCGUGAAGGGCCAUGACCUGAUUCAAAAUGGAGGGAAUGUUUUAGUAACCAAAGCAAAUAGGAAAAGAUAUGUUGACUUGUUCGUGGACUAUGUGCUCAACACAUCUGUCACUCGGCAAUUUGAAGACUUUGCCAAGGGCUUCGACCUGGGCUGCCCAUGCAGGACAUGGAGGAUGUUCCGUCCGGAUGAGCUGAUGAACGUUCUCUGUGGAGAGGUGGAGUACCAGUGGGAGGAGCUGCAGAAGAACGCAAACUGUAACCCCACUGACAAAACAGUUGAAGAUUUCUGGAAAGUUUUCUUUGAGCUUUCUGAAGAAAACAAGAAGAAGUUUUUAUCCUUUGUUCGGGGAACAGACCGGUUACCAGUGGGAGGUCUUGCCCGGCUCCGUCUGACUGUCCGAACGCUGAACAUAGCCAACGCUGAUGAACACUAUCCACAGGCUAGCACAUGUUACACGUGCCUGGCACUUCCAAAUUACAGCACCAUCGACACACUGCGAAAUAAUCUAAUCCAGGCUAUUAAUCAUUGUGAAGAGUUUGGUCUUGCCUAAAUGGGCUGGAUUCCUAUAUGCAAUAUGUAGUUCUUGCUGUGAAAACAUCCACCACUUAUACAGUCCAUAUUGGUUUGUUCCAUUCUGUCUAUCUAAUGUUAAUUUAUUUCAUCCUAAAAAUAAAUACAUGCUUAAAUACAGUCUGAAACAGGGCAAUAUCAUCACAUUAAAAUUGCAUUACACACACACACACACACACACACACACACACACACACACACAUAUAUACAUAUACUGUACAGUGGAGAUAAAAUGUAUUUGAUACUAUACUAAAGUUGCCUAAAAAGAGGAAUAUAUAAUCAUCAUUUGACAAUUGAUCCUAAUGCCUUAAUUAAAAAUAUGAGUAAAAACCAAACCGCUAAGGACACCAAUUUUCUUUGUGAUUGAAGAAUGUA